CUCUUUCCUUUCAAGCUAGCUUGAAUCUGCAGGACAAUGCCUCGCGUUCUGGACAGCAUUGGCACCAUCAUCAAAGUCUUUUACCAAUAUGCGACGGAGGACAGGGAGGGCUCCAGCCUGUCCCGGAGACAGAUGAGACUGUUUAUCCAGAAGGAGUUUGCUGAUGUCCUUGUGAAACCAUAUGACCCACUGAUGAUAGACAUGGUGCUGCGGCUCCUUGAUCAGGAUGGAGACGGAUCAAUAGACUUCCCCGAGUUCCUGAUUCUGGCAUUUAGAGUGGCUCAGGCCUGUUACAGCUACCUGGCACCAAAACCAGGGCUCCAGGAAAGGCAGGAGCAGGGAAGAAGAGGUAAAGAGCUGAAUGAACUUGAAGCAAAAGCAGACAGAGGGAGGAGCCAUCAGUUACGUAAGCCUGAACCAAGAGUUGGCAGAAGAAGUCAUCCUGAGGACCCAGAACAAGAGCCUGAACCACGGAGGGAUGAGGGGACACAACGACAGUCCCUAGAGCCAGAACAACAAGUGUAUGAGGGAAGACGUCAUCAAUCACGUGACCCAGAACGGCGAGAGGAGGUGAGGGGUCGGUCUCAGCCACGUGACAUCAUGCAAAGCCCUAUGAGAAAAGCCGACGUCCAGUACUUGAACCUGAACCCCAACUUUAUGAGGAAAGCCACCAUCAGCCACAUGAACCAGAACAACGAGAGGAAGCAAAGAGCUGUUCCCAGCCCCAAGAGCCAGAACAACCAGUGUAUGAGGGAAGAGGCCAACAGCCACGUGAGCCAGAAGAGCGAAAGAAGGUGA